AUGGUCUCCACGUUCGACACACUCUCCACCAUCAGCCAUUACAGCCCAAGCGAGUCGCCACCGCGCAAGCACGUAGUCUUCCUCGACCUCACGCGGCAGGAGGACGUCAUAUCGACCUUUCUCGACGUUUCCAUUCCGCCGCGCACCGACCACCUCGUCCUGACGGUAACCUACGACCCGACGCUUGACCCACGCCUGCCCGAUGACGCCCACUGCCCAUUCCCCGAACUCGACAGCGCCGUCACCGACGUGACCAUCAUCUUCAAGACGGUCUUCAUGGCCGGUCGCGCGCGUAGCCGUCCCGUAGUCCCCGGCCAGCUGGCGGUAUUCGAGAUACUCCUCGGGUUCGUUGGGUACAACACCGCCCCAGGCCGGCGGUUCACCCUUGUCGGCAUGCAGGACGUCGACUGGCGCUGGGUCGGCGAACCCGCCCGGCCGAACCACGUCGUCAACUCGGCGAUGAUCGCCAUCCAAGACAGCUAUCGCAAGCCCGAGGCAUGGGGCUGCACCGACAUCCGCUCGGUCAUCAACGGCCUCGUGUUCACCUCCAUGUCGCAGUACCGCUCCGACGGGGAGGACGAGGAGUACAGGGAGAACACGGUACGCCCGUCGCCAUGGCGCGGGGAGAGGGGUCACUGGAUUUGA